GAAGCACGGUCACUGGUUCUUCCCUUUUUAGAUCAACCAAAAAGUGGGAAAAUUUGUUCAAGAUCUUCCACAGAAAGGUGUGGAAUCCAUCAACUUUCAUCCACGAAUCAUGAAGCUCUCUUUGAAACUCGAAGAUCAACAACAAAAUCAAAAUCCAAUCCUCUUCAAAGCUAAAAUUCCCAUCGCCGUCUUUGGUCUCCCUUUUCUCUCCGCCUUCUCCGCCACCCACCACCAUGCCGCCGCCGCCUCCGACAAACUGUCCCUAUCUCUGCGUACCCAUUUCCCCACUGGUCCCUCGCUCAAACUCUCCUACAAUACCCCUACCACCACCGCCAACUCCGGCGCAGGGAAAAUGGAUACAUCACCGAAACCGAAAUCGAAAUCGAAGAAACCGAAAUAUUCAAGAUUUACACAACAAGAGCUUCCGGCUUGGAAACCGAUAUUGACCCCAGGAUGGGUCAUCGCGUCAUUCGUGGCCGUCGCCAUCCUAUUCAUCCCUGCCGGCCUUUUAUGUCUGUCUGCAUCUGAACGUGUGGUGGAAAUUGUGGACCGUUAUGACGAUGAAUGCCUUCCGGAUUCUUAUAGCAACAAGGGUGAUUCGUUUAUUCAAAGCAAAGAUACGAAUAAAACCUGUGUUCGCACAAUGAAAGUGCCGAGGAAAAUGACUGCCCCGGUCUUUAUUUACUAUCAACUCGACAACUUCUACCAGAAUCAUCGUCGCUAUGUAAAGAGUAGAAGCGACAAACAACUACGAGACCGCAGUUAUGCGGAUGAAACGAGAGACUGCAAGCCUGAAGACAACCUAGAUGGGGACGAAAACGAGCCUAUAAUUCCUUGUGGAUUGGUUGCUUGGAGUUUGUUCAACGAUACGUACAAAUUAUCGAAAGGAAACAAAGUUUUAGACAUCAAUAAAAAGGACAUUGCAUGGAAAAGUGAUACGGAGAUCAAAUUCGGAUCUGAUGUGUACCCGAAAAACUUUCAAAAGGGAGAGUUGAUCGGGGGCGGAGAACUAGACGAAACAAAACCAUUGAGCGAGCAAGAGGAUCUUAUCGUGUGGAUGAGAACCGCAGCGUUGCCUAACUUCAGAAAGCUUUAUGGAAAAAUAUACUCCGAUUUGGAGGCAAAUGAGACGAUAACGAUUGUGAUACAAAACAACUACAAUACAUAUGAAUUUGGGGGAGAAAAGAGGGUCGUUCUUUCGACCAUGAGUUGGCUUGGUGGGAAAAACGACUUUUUUGGCAUAGCGUUUCUUACGAUUGGCGGAAUUUGUUUAUUUAUGGCGAUUAAUUUCAUACUUCUUUACGUUUGUAAACCGAGGCCUCUUGGAGAUCCAUCGUAUUUGUCGUGGAAUAGAAAUCCAAACGGCCUAUAA